CCUCUCGCGCCGAAGGCGAGACAAAGGGACCGGAAGUGACGUCCGCCUGUUGUGGUGCGGGUGAUUUUUUUCGCGGCAAUCCUGACUUGUCAUUCAGUAUAACUGCGGGAGCAAAAUUGAUGACACAGUAAACACAACAAGCAGAUUCAAUUCAAGUAAAGGAUAUAUAAUAAAAGCGCUCAACUAGCCCUGAGGCCGGUCAGGAUGGCUGCGGUGACCGCGGAAGACUUGAAGCUGGAGCUCGAGACGUUCGAUAUCGCGUGCGAGGACGCAGCGCUCGAGAGAAUGCUGGAGCAGUGUAUGUGCCACAGGAUUGAAGGGCAGGACAUUGUGAAUGAAUGGGUCGCUUUCAGCACCACUAAAGGCCAGUUAAAGCUCAACCUCAACAACCUGGAGACCUUCGAGCACGAGGUCUUGAACAGAAGGCAGAAGACCAAAGGCUCAUCAAAGAACAAGUUCAGCACCAAUACCAGAGAUGUUCACUCCAUCCAGGACCUAAUCAAAGCAGAAGAGGAGGAAGAGAAUUUACUGGAUUCUUACUCAACACCAGGAAAGGGCUCUCAGAAGCGUGCUCUCACCACUCCUGAACAUCCUAAGUCUAAACGCAGUUCAGCUCAUCUGGCCAGUUCAGGUCUGCUGUUGUCUCCUUCCAGCUUCUCGCCAUGUGUAACUCCUUCUCAGAAGUACAGCAUGCGCAGUGCACGUGGGGAGGUGGUGGCCACAUUCGGGGCAGUACAGGGUCCGCGCUGGACAGGAAAGGGACAGACCUCAGUGCAUGUGGAGCUCCUCGAGGGCCACGAAGACUCGCUCACCAGCUCCUAUAAAUACAUGUUCCAGAGGCUCAGAGAUGUACGAGAUGUUCUGACUGAGAAGAUUGACUUGCUGGGGGAGGAGCUUAAAUCACACUUUAAUAUAGAAGAGUUUUCUCCAGUCUCUCUUCCUGCUCAGGACACCAUAUCUGUGUUAGGUCAGGUGUGCUGUGACAGUAACGGGAAGCUGAAUGCUCAGUCUGUGUUGCUGGAGACCAGUCAGGAACACGGUGCCAGACAGGUGCCUGUAGAUGUGUCCGAGCUCAAAGACUACUCGCUGUUUCCCGGACAGGUUGUCAUUAUGGAAGGUAUGAACACUUCCGGUUCAAGGUUUGUUGCUUCCAAACUCUAUGAGGGUGUCCCAUUACCCUUUUACUCCUGUCCAGAGCUGAAGCAGGAAAUGAAUGAAGUAUCAGAGUCUGUGAUGGUGUUAGUGGCCUGUGGGCCAUACACCCCUUCUGACAGUUUAGCUUAUGACCCGCUGAUUGACCUGAUUAACAUCAUUAAUAAAGAUCGGCCUGAUGUCUGCAUUCUGCUCGGGCCGUUUGUUGAUUCCAAGCAUGAGCAGAUUGAGAAAGUUCAGGUGACAGAAACAUUUGAAACCAUCUUUACCAAAUGUAUGGAGAGCAUCGUGGAUGGAACCAGAGGGACUGGCUGUAAGUUGGUGUUCGUUCCAUCUCAGCGAGACGUGCAUCACCAUUACAUUUAUCCCCAGCCGCCUUUCACACUCCCAGACCUGAGGAAAGAUGAUGCUCAGCGAGUGACCUUAGCCUCUGAUCCCUGCACACUCCUGAUCGGUGGUGUGACAUUUGGCAUGACCUCUACAGACAUCCUGUUUUACAUGGGAGCUGAGGAAAUCAGCUGUGCAACAGGCUCCGACCGAUUCUCACGGAUCAUGAAGCACAUGUUAACUCAGAGGAGCUAUUACCCGCUGUACCCCCCUGCCGAGGAGGUCAAUAUGGAUUAUGAAAGGUUCCAGCAGUAUGGCCAGCUGCCCCUCACUCCUGAUAUUCUCAUCGUCCCCUCCGAGCUGCGCUAUUUCAUCAAGGAUGUGAUCGGCUGCGUGUGCAUCAAUCCUGCACGUCUGACCAAAGGGCAGGUGGGAGGAACAUAUGGACGGUUACUGAUCCAGCAGAAUCCAGUACAAGAGGAAGGAAAGAGAGUGAGCCCUUGCAUAGCAGCACAGGUGGUGAAAAUAUAACUCGCAGAGCUUUCUGGGUGAUUUGUUUGUAUGUACAAUUUCAUUUUAUGUUUCCAUUUUUGUAGCAAGGAUAAAAAAAAUAAAAUGUAUAGUAAUGGAAUGAUGCACUUGA